AUGCCACCAGACAGGAGACCCACACCUUAUAGACGGAAGCAAAAUCUAGAAACUCCUUCAGCGAUUAUUCCGGCGCCACCAUCGAGAAGAAAAAAGAAGACUUUUGGGUCCUUAAUUAAUGGAUCAUUUCCUCAAAAAUAUUCUUUGUUAAAGAUGGGAAGCAAUCGUUUUGAUAUUCACGGUCCUUUUCGGCUUCACUUAUAUGAUUUUGUAUGUGACCCUGGCGCCGUCACUCGAUAAAUUGCCUCCGAUUAAAGGUCCGGAUUAUGACAAUGUCAGUUUUUUCUUAAAUUUUUCGGGAAGUUCACGAUUUUCCAGAAACUUUGGGGAACCUACCGGUCGCACAUGUACUUUGGCUUGAGGACACGGGACCCGAAAUCGCCGUUGUUCGGAAUGAUGUGGUAUGAACAGCCGGAUGCUGUUAUCAGGCCCGCUAUCCGGCAUUGGUGCAAUCAAGGUUUUCACUGUUUAAAGGAACAUAGGCAGAAAUAUAAUGAUGGUCUUAAAAAGAAGAGCCACUUUUAAGGAAUUAAUAAGGCCAAUAAAGUUUUUUUCAAAAAAUGUCAUGUCUCGGAGCAACUUCAGGGCGCUGUUGAGCACAAUUUUGAGUUUAAAUAUGUGGAUUUUUUUUUUAUUGGAAAUUGUUUUGACUCGAUUAUAAUGAAUUUUAAAAACUUUAACUUGUAAAAUUGUAUAUUUUUUCAUUUGGAAGAUAGGAGCUCAGGAGUUUUUCAACUCUAAAGAAGAGGCUAUGUUGAUUUUUUUAACAGAAAUUCGAAAAAAAUCGAGGUUUGAACCUUCAAAAGAUUUUAAAUUCUUCUGAGUUUCGAUUCGAACGAAAAAUUUCAUGUUGAGGGAAGAUUUGCGUAACUUCAUUGUUAAAGGCAAAGCUUUUUUUUCUGGAAAAUUACUUUUCUUUUAUUUUUUCGGUAAAGAAAGACCUUUUUGCGUUCAAAAAUGGGCUCUAUCUUCUAAUCAUGGUUUUUCUUAAGACGAGGCUUUUUUUCCAUUUUAUUUUAUCUUUUUUUCAUAUAAGUAUAAGAAAUCCCAUGAAGAUUCGAUUUGAACGAAAAAAAAGUGGUUAGCGGAAAUUUGAGUAACGUCAUCGUUAAUGAAGACAGGGCUCUUUUAUCUUGAAUAAAUUUCUUCUGCUAUUUUAUAUUGAUCAAAAAAAUUGGCGCGUUAAAAAAUGGGCUCUAUCUUGUUAUCAUGGUCUCCUGGAGGCAAGCUUUUUUUCGUUUUAUUUUCAUCACUCUCAUUAUUUUUAUCAAAAGGAAAACUUUUUUGCGCGAAAAAUGAGCUCUAUUCCUGCCCUCCAUUCGUUUAAGAUGAAUUUUAGAGGUCAGGGAAGAAAGGAAAUGUAUUUAAAUGGAAUGAUAAUUAUUUCAAGCUCAACUUCGAUUUUCACCGCCAAUAUUAAGGCGAUGGAAUUUCCCGAUAUGGUUGGGUGGCGGCCGACGGGCGCAGUUUCGGGAUGCAAAAUAUAACGGAAAAAACGGGGCCAAUCCGAACGAAUUGGAUCAACGACAAGGGCGGAUUCACGGCGCGUAUCAGUUUCAAUAUGCUCAAGGGCCGGCGUUAUUCCGUCAUUUUCUACCUCGUUUCUCAAGUUUGAAAAUAAUAUUAAUUCCGAAAAGAGAUCAUAUUCAGUACUCCAAUGCGAGAUUCGGCCUUGGGACUCACUUGAGCGAGAUUUUCAAGGGAACCAGUGAUUAUCUCGGCGAUUUGAAGGUAUGUUCUGGGAUUUUCAGAUUUUUUGGUUUUUUAUGGGUUUCAGGAAGAAUAUUUUUCUUGAAAGUUUUUUUGUUUUUUUGAUUUUUUUUUUAGGUGAUUUCUGCUAUAAGCUUUUUUUCACUCACUUUUUUAGCUUGAAAUUUUUAUUUUGCUUUUUUUUUGAAAUUUGCCAAAGAAGAAAAAAACAAAUAAAUCCAAAAAAAGUAUAUUCGCUCUAUUUUUUUCACAUAGACAUUUUAUCACUAGGAAUUUCAGUUAAAUUGGAUUUUUUUCCUAUUUAGAGAGAAAAAAAUCUAAAAAUAAAAAUAAUUUCUCUCAGAUUGUUUUUAAAAAGAAAGUAUAUGAAUUUAGAGACAAUCUGUUUUUUUUCUUUUGAAUUUUCGUGGGCUAUAUUUUGAAAUUUUCAAAGCUUUAGGUAGAACCUUUUCCAAUUCACAAAGUUCAAUCGAAAGGAUUAUCGUCUAUUAAUAAAGUUAAAAUUUCAUUUUUAGUUAUAAAAGGCUUUCAAAACGCAUUAUAAGCAAGUUUAUCAGAAUCAAGAGAUCUUUUUUUUAUGAAAAAAAAUAUUGGAACUCUCUUCAAGAGAUCAUUCGAUUCAAUAAAGAAUAUUUCUGUAGGUCUCCGUUGACUCGAGCAAAAUGGACAGUAUUUCUCACUCCACCCUCCUUUUGGACGAUCAUUUGAUGCUCGACAAACUCGACGAAUAUAUCCUGUCCAACACGGUUUUUCCUGUAGAUUUUCCCCAAAAAACUGAAAUUCCCUUCAAGAAAGCCAUGGAAAAAGACAAGAAAAUCGUCUUCGUCCUCAACGAAAACCACGCGGCCACCGAGGGAAACUUUGUCGCCGUCCAGCUGAAUAUCGAGAAUUCCGUCGACUUGGAAGUGUCUCUUAAGUAUCUCACCACAUCACGAAACUCCUCUAAAAUGUCUCUUUUUGGGGUUGGAGCUCGGCAGCCGGCGCAGAACGACAAGUUCGACAAGGAAUUGGCCAGAAGGGCUGGAGAAUUCGAGAAGAAGUUUGAAAACGCCUUUUUCUCUCGCUUCGAAGGUGGUUUUUGAGGAUUUUUUUGGAAGGGGGAGGGCUUUUUUUACUAUAAUGAGGAGAUAUUUUUGAAAUUUUUCGCCUGAAAGGUGGUUUUUUUGGAUCAUUUGGGGGAUUUCUUUAAAAUUCCCUCCUGUAAAGUAGCUUUUUAAGGAUUUUUUUGGGGGGGGUUUCUUCAAAUUUCUUGCCUGUAGUUUUUUUGAGAUGGAGGGGGGGAUUUUUGCUAUAAUCAUUUUUCUUGCAGGGGGAUUUCAAGGACUUUUCAGAUUCAAAAAAAUUGUUUGAAGUUUGAAUCCCCACAAUUUUCGACCAAAAAAAUGGUAAAUAUAUCGGAAAAAUUUUUCUUUUUGGAAAGUACGAGAGAAAAAUUCAGACGCUUUCAGUUCUGAAGGUCUUUUUUUCCUAUUUUGCACUUUAAAAAUAUAUAAUUUUUUUAUUUUGAUAAGUUUUACAGCUGAAAUUGAAAGAUAUAUAGUGAUUUACCGGCUAGUUUAGCAUAGAGAAAUGUUACUUGAUCAAGAAAAAUAGAGAAAACCAAAGAUUCUUUCAAAAAUAGCUUUUUAUAAAGACUAUCGUCAGAAAUGAUACGAAAAAAACCAACUUUGGUCUUGUAAAGAAUUCAAUCUUCCUGAAAGUUUUUUAAGCUACGUUUUUUUUCUGUGAACUGAAACUUCAUCAGAGUGUUGGAAUUAGCAAUUAUAACAACUCCAGAAAUUUUCAAAAAGAUGGAAUUCCUUUCCAGAAAGUUGUGACCAAAAUUCUGUGUUUUCGUAUUUUUUCUGACGGUGCUGUACGUAUUCUACUGUCGCUUGAUUUUAUCUUGAAAUCUGACUAGUCAUUUUAGGGACCUUUUAUUUUCUGAUACUUUGUUUUUCUAUGCCUUUUUCCUUCCUUUUCUGUAUUUUAUGUAUUUUUUGUGUCUCAGAACUACACGACGAUCCAGAUGGACAUGGGAAAAGUCGCCCUGUCGAACAUGCUCGGGAGUAUCGGAUACUCCUUCGGGUACAAUAAGGUACUAUCCACCUUAAUUAAAUUCCAAAAAAAAUUGAAUUAUAUUUCAGGUGAACUUUUCGCACGGCAUCUAUGAGUACGGACCCCAACAAUUGUUCUCCGCCGUCCCCUCUAGGCCGUUCUUCCCGAGAGGAUUCCUGUGGGACGAGGGAUUCCACACGAUGCUCAUCCGGAAGUUCGACCCGAGACUUUGUCUUGAGGUCCCUUUUUUGCUGGAAUUUUUGAAAUAGUGAAAAAAGCUCUCCGUUUUAAUGUAAGCUAUUAGGCGACAUUUUACGAUUUUUUGAUCUCGAAAAAAUUAAAAUUAGUCGGAGGUUAAGUAAAAAAAAAAGCUUGUAUGAAAAACUGUUUGUUUAAAAAAAAAACUGUUCAUUGCAUCUUCAAUGUAAGAAUACAUGUGCAAUCGACUUUCAUUGAUUUAACUGUGUUUAAACGGCGGCAGGAGCUGUGGCUUAGGCAGAGAAGUUGUGAAUUUCGCUCGUAGAACAUCCGGUACAAGAGAGGUCGUAGGAAGAAGUACGGUGCCGGCUUUCCAAAGGCCGAUGGCAGAGAUUGAGCCUUUUCGCUGCAUGCAGCUCCCAAAUUUAUCUACCCCGGAGGGAUGAAAGGCUUGGUCGACCUCGCGGACGUUAGAAAUGAGUUUUACCAGCUGAGCUAUGCCGCCCCCUUGUAUGACUUGUAUGUUGUAUGACGGGUAUGUUGUAUGACGGGGAUCCAAAAUUUACAGUCAAAAAUUGGAUUUUUUUAGAUUUGACAGUUUUUUUUUCAUUCUAAAACUCUUUUUAACAUUGGCAAUUUCUGUGAGAAAAAAGAAAUAUGUUCAAAAAAAUUUCUUUCAAAAAAAUAUUUGAGAUUUUUUUCAGAUAUGAAAUUUUUUUCAUCUUAACGUUUUUUUCGAGUAUGGCAUUUUAUUGGAGAAAUUUUUGGAAGUGAGAGAAAAAAUUUUUUUUGCGACUUUAGUUAAAAAUUUAGAUUUUUAAAAAAAUGAUAAAAGGUACAUUUUUUUUCCAAAAGUGGUUCAAGACAUCAGGCAAGAGGGCUGGUUUUUUUUCAUUCAUCGAAAAAUUUCAUGGGUUAGUAAUAACUUGGAAUCUUCCUAUAUCGAAAAAAAGUGUCAUAUAAUCAAGUUUUAACGAGAAAAAUACAAUAAUUUCAUUUAUUUCUUUAAAAAAACCAUUUAGAUCAUCGUUUCCUGGAUAAAUACGAUGGAGAAAGGCGGCUGGAUGCCUCGCGAAAUGAUUUUUGGGCCCCGAAGCUGAAGCGAAAGUAAUAAAAUAAUUUCAAAAAAACUUUUCCUUGAAAAAAAUACACUUCCAGGUUCCCACCGAGUUCAUCAUCCAAAAAAACUCGACAUUGCCAACCCGCCAAGCUUAUUUUUACGUCAUCGAUAAGCUUGUCCAUGAUGAAAAAAAGUAUUGGAAAAAUGAAAAACUCAUCUAAAAAAAUGAAAUUUUCUAGGUUCUAGCCAAAUAUGGGCCGGUUCUGGCGAGAAUCUACCCGCGGUUAGAAAAAUGGAACGCCUGGCUACGCGUCUCCCAGAUGGGCAGCCAGAAAAACGGCUAUAGGUACGUUUCAAAUGGACCAUUUGACCGGAUUGAGUUUGAGUUGGUUUAUUGAGUUUCGAAACUGUCACCUCUGAGAAAAAAUUGAAAUUUACGGCUUUUGUCCUGAAAGAGUAUGAAGAGAAGGUUCAAAAAUUGCAAGUUUAACCGAAAUUUUCUUGAAUAUUUAUUUUGGAAAAACAUUUUAUGACCUUUUUUUUGUGUCGUUUUGCCAUUUUCUAGACUUUUUCCAGAGCGUUUUUUGAGGAAACUUCAAAAUUUCAGUUUUAUAUAUAUGGACUUGGCAAAAAAACGAGAAAUUGGGGGGACUUGGCAAAAAAACGAGAAAUGGGGGGCUUCUUGCCAAAAAACGAAAUUUGGGGGACUUGGCAAAAAACGAGAAAUUGGGGGUUGGCAAAAAGAAACUUGGCUGUCGCCAGACAUGCUCAUCCCAUGUAUGGGUCUGUGGCGAAAAUUUUUACUUUGUGCUUGAAAACUAAGUGGUUCAGAAGUACACUUUAAUCAAGCUUCAUUUGAAAUUUUAAUCGGCCACCGAAAAAACGUCCCAUGACCGUUUUUCUGUGAACUCACCUACCUUUAAUUUUCAUCGGCUCUUCGCAGAUCCACCGGUUUUUUUCUCUUCGAAAAGCAACCACGGAAAGAUAUCUGACCGCGAACAGUCCGUGCUCUUGCCGCCGCAAGAAUGCUUGAGAAAAUGCUUCUUUUUUUAGAUGGCGAGGCCGGAAUGCGGAAACCUACAUGGAGCUGAACCCGAAGACGUUGGCGUCUGGCCUGGACGAUUAUCCGAGAGCCAGUCAUCCGUCCGUGGAGGUAAAAAAAAAUUGAGCUUUUGUUUGGUUUCUCAAGCGAAGUGAAUCAUCUCAAAGUUAUACAAAGCGUUUCGGUCGCGUUGGUUUUUGGAAAAAAAAAAGUUGAAGCUGCGCCCGACACCGCGAUACUUUCUUUUGAUAUGUUAGAAUACUUCUGAGCGCAAGUAGUUCGUCGUCGGGUGCGCUGAAGAAUCGCUCGAAUUUGGCGUGAAAAACAUUUUCUCGGACCAUUACUGUGAUACGUAAAAAAAAAUUGAAAAAUUGGUUGAUUCAAAUUUUUUUAAAGCUUCAUAAUAGGCUCUCACUUAUGUUAAGUGGAAAAUUUGAAAAUCUCUUUUUUUUUUUUUCGAAGACAUUUUCAUGGUUAGGUGAAAUUCUUGUUCUAAUUACCUUGCUGGUGAGAGAAGAGAGAGCGCAGACAUGUCAGACCAUUGAUGAUGAUAAUAACAAAAGACUGCGUCUGAAUUUUAGAGAGCGUUCGAAAAAGAGAAGCGAGGCGUUAUUGUUUUCUCUAAAAGCUCUCUUGUUUAGGAGUGUUCUCUAGCUUUCGAAGGGUUAGACUUGACUCCAGUUCUUCAGGUGCAGCUGCGAACUUUAAUUGAAUCUAAAAAGUGUCACAGUUUUCUCGUAAUUCCAGGAGCUGCACCUCGACCUCCGCUGCUGGUUGGCCCUCUGCGGCCGGGUGAUGGAACGGCUUUCUAAACUCUAUGGAACCGACGCCGAACAUCGGAAGUACGCCAAACAGCGGGAGGAACUGACCGACCUCGACGAGCUCGUCAAGAUGCACUGGAGCGAGCCGGCAGGCGUCCGUUUUCCUGUACUUUUUGCCCAAAGUUAUUUCUGGGCGUUCAGAUUUUCUGUGACUAUGGCAAGCACAGUAUGAGUGUGGCGCUGGCCCGUGUUCCGACGCCCUCGAAAGAACGCCAUUUUGAAUAUCAGAGGUGAGGGAGGAGCCAUAUCCAGAAGAAAAUCUGGAACUAGAUUUGAAAAUCGUCAUUUUUAAUGGUAGUUUUAAAAAAAUGGCGAAGUUUGAAAUCGAUUUUUAGCUUUUGAGUAUACUCCAGUGUUCACUUGAUCGAUGUCUCACACUUCUUUGAAAUGACGUCAUCAGAAGAUGAGAAAUUUCGCGAUUCAGAGUCACAUAGUCUGCUAAGAAUUUCUUCCUAAGUUUUUGAAAGGAUAAAAUAUCUUGACACGACUUCUUUCCGAAGUUCAGAAAAUUGAAAAAACGAAUUUUGAAUAAGUUGUCCAUGGAGCGCACUUUCAAAACAAUUUCCACGGCAAUUUUUUCAUUAGCUCGAUUUUUUACGGUUUUUUUCCCAUACCAAAAAACCACUGAAAACGACUCUCCGCUUUAAUAUUUUUUCAAGAUUUUCAUGGUUUUUUGAACAUUUUAGAAAAUAUAUUUGAACUACUGAGUGUGAGUUUUCUUAGUCUGUAAGGACGUCAGACCAUUGGAAAAAAAAAUUUCCGAGGUUUUUACGAACUUUCUUUUGAACUGAACGAAAAACUUGAUGAAAUCCGUAGAAGCUCAUAAUAUCUUCCUCUUCAGAGUGACAUCACAUGCGCCACAACUCCAGCUGGUCUCCAACGUCUUCGGCUACAACAGCCUCUUCCCGCUGAUGCUGCGACUACUACCCGCCAACUCGAAAUAUCUGAAACUGACGCUGGAGAAGAUCCGCGACCCGAAGGAACUCUGGACGGAAUUCGGCCUACGGUCGCUGUCAACCAGAUCACCCUACUACCAGGCCCGAAACACCGAACAUGACCCGCCUUACUGGAGAGGGUGGGCUAGUUUGCGGCUUCACUAAAAAACCUUGAGUAUUUCGCGAAAAAGCCGCUUUAAUGCUGUUUUGAGAACUGUAUCUAGACAUUCAUUUUUGCUAGGUUUUUUCAUGACCUGUCUUCAAAAAAGGGCUUGUUUGGAAGCUUAAGAGUUGGGACUUCAUGAAAACUUGGGCUUGAAACUUCGAAAGUUAAAGUGCUCAAAAAGAUUUUUUUUUUCCUCUCUAAAUGCUCUCUAGUUUUGCAGUGCUCUCUAGCUUUAAAAAUGCUUUUUUCCUCUGAUUUCUGCUUCCUCUCACCUUUUUUCAUCGGCACUAUAGUCCGUUCGCCGCGACUUGACAGUUUUUGAAUGUCUGCGUCUCUUUGUUCCCUCACCGGCGAGGUCACAGAAACGCGAAAAUAGCGCGUCAACAAGAGAGAGUCGUCGAGAGACCAGGAGGGCGCAGAGAAGCCCUAUAAUUAUUUUUCAGGAAGUUAAUUUCUUAAUUUUUUGUCUGUGUAGGAUGAACAGGUGCAGGACUAUUUUUAAGCUCAAAAGGAAUCGAAAAAAAAACUUCGAACAUGCUAGAAAAACUUGCUAACAAAACAACCACAGGAUAUCAAAAGAGAGUUUUAGAGAAUUUUGAAUUUUUCCGAUGAGAACUACGAAAACUUUUCAGCGCCAUCUGGAUCAACAUCAACUACAUGACCCUAUCCGCCCUGAAAUACUACGCCCUGCAGCCUGGACCUUACCAAUCUGACGCCGAGAACAUUUUCCAGUUGCUGAGGGCUAAUCUGGUCAGGAAUAUGGCCAAUGUGAGUUUGAGCUCCAGGGAGCCAAAAAACGUGAAAUUUUGCAGCAGUUCAACCGGACCGGCUACAUCUGGGAGAACUACGACGACCGGACCGGCGAGGGUCGUGGAUCGCAUCCCUUCAACGGCUGGUCCUCACUCAUUCUCAUGAUCAUGAGCGAUAACCUUGAAACAUAA